CGGGGUGGUAUAGUGGUCACUUGCAAGUCGAUUCAUCCGGUGAAUUCGACUUUACUUUCGUCUAGAGUGCAGACGUUGCAUCCGAAGGGUGUUGAACUAGGGACCUAGCUGUGUCUAUGCUGUGUUUGCAGUAAUAUGCGUGGCCACACAGUCAGCGGAUAACCCGCUGUUCACACUCACGCAUGGCAUGCACAUCUGAUACACGACCUGAUGAAUAACAAGUGCUGUGCUGCAAAUGAUUAACAGACAGCCUAGUCCUUUACUUGCAGAGGUGCUCAAUUUCUCGUAGACUGGACUUUCAUUCCACAUGAAUGUAGGUGGGGGGGACACCCGCAUCGCAGAGAACAUAAAUUGUCACGCGUGCCACGUGCAUGGUGGAAAGCCAGCAGACGUCGUGAGGGCUUCCGCCUGUGUUCGGGAGGAUUUGACGCGGUGUUCCUUCUUCUUGAAAGCCCAUUGGCGGUCGGUUUCCAGUUGGGCUAUGUAACAAGGCGGGAUGCAUGUGUUGGUGUAGUUUGCAGGACGCUGUGUUCGUAUGGAGCUGGCCACAUCAUCGCGUCCGCUUGCUGAACCCCUGAGCCUCAAUCCGAACGUGGAAGCACUGUUUUCCACCCAGGUUUUCAAACGCAGAUAACGUUAAAUGAAUAAGUAUCUCAUGUCGAUUCUUUGUCCCGUCAUGUCGCCGCAACGGAAUGUGGUCCUAGAUUCUUGAGCGUGUUUCUCUUCGAAGUCAACCGGAUGGGUACGGCUAUCGAAAAGUCAGAAAUGUUGAGUCGCAACGCUCGAAUACCUCUACCUAAGCGGAGCUUGAUUUCUCAGUCAUGUGGAACCGUGCGUCCGUGCAUACGUGGAAACGAGAGGUAGUAGCGUCGCUCCAUCCUCUGGCCUGGCAGCACGCCCCCGUAAACGUGGCCUGUAGUCCUCGUGUGGCUGACAAGCACGCUUGUGUUCUUUUUUUUGCGCUGUCUAGAGUCUGUGCAUCUGAAAAACAUGCAUAUCAAAGACAAACCCAACGAUCCCUAUGUGCAGGUUCGACGACCAACCUGGAGCUGACGCGAGGGACGGGUAAUUCACGCGAGGGAGUCCAUCAGCGAUGGAACUUGAAGACCAUCUUAAAACGAGCUCGAUCUUUCGCUGCGUUGGGAACUACGAAACACCCACAAAACGGUUCCCCGCGGGAGUCCCCGAAAACUGCCCUCGAACGCGUGCUACGAUACUGUCGAAAGAAUGGAGAGCCUCGUGGCAGUUUGUUCUUCUUAUGGAGGUCCACAGUGUAUCCUCGGCUGGUACGGGGUGAUGUGAACGACGCAGAGGCUUUGGAGAUUUUGCGGACGUACUUGACAGAUUUGAAUCCGGCAAACAAGAAUGAAGGAUGCAAGAAACCUGACUAUGAAGAAGCGCAUAACUGCCUGUCAGAGGCAGCAGAUGGCUUACCAAAUGCAGAGGCCGUGCUAGCGGCCGUGGGCGGCGGAUUCGUCAGACGCUAUCAGAGCGUCUUGCCUGAGUUAUAUGUGCCAAACAAACGUACUGCCCAUUCUAACGCGUUGCGAAAAAGAGGGUUCGUGGCGUGUAGUGUUCCUCAACGUGGCCAUGGAGCUGCGACAAUAAAACAAAAGGAUGUGCCCACUGAGCUGACGAAUUUUGCUUUUGUCUGCAACAUCUUCGCCCGCCGCAUGCCAAAGCACCGACCUUUCUUUGUUUUCUCGAGGUCGGAGGGGGCAAAAUCGGAUGUCAUGCGACAACUGGGCAAUGCCAUUGCGAGGCAUGUCUACGAUAUUCAACCACGUGAUAUGAGCGUGACAUGGAACGCCUUCCGUCAAGCCAAUGUAGUGCACGAUCGGCUUUUCCACAUCCUCGUGAAGAGGUUACCCGUCAUAGCAGGACAUUUUUCUGCUACUCAAAUAGGGAUGACGCUGAAUGCUCUUGGCCAUUUUCGGAUCCGGCACCGGCUCUCAAUUUCAUCUCUCAUCGCAAGGGCGAAGCACCUUCUGGAGACCCCUUUGUCAGUCGAUCACGCCUCGACAAGGGCUGAGGAAGUCCCUCAAGAACUACCGUCGAUCGGAGCGGACUCCGCAUUUGGCGUCCAGAAUUUAGCUCUGCUGCUGAACAACGCCGCACGCGUGGAUUCAGUGGAUUCCCUUUUGUCCUCCAAAGAUGGGUUGAGCAUCCUCGUCCUGCAAGCGGUGAAGCACACGGCCAUCCAACUUUGUUUGCAAGGGAACUGUCAUGAGAUCGCAGACACGUUUUUCAAGCGCAAGUUGCCUGAAGCCGCAGACGGAAGCUACCUUGGAAGUACGGUUGUUCCAGGUCUCUUUGGGAAUCUUCAGCAGAUGCGCCAGGAUGAUAAUCGUGUCGACCUGCGGGCGCUGUCGACUUCCUCGACUUCAAUGAUUUCUUUCAAAAAGUAUUCGCAGGAUUUCACGCCUCAAGCACUGGGGAAUAUCGCUUUAGGCGUGGCCUUCGUGCUUGCGAACUUGUGCAGCUCUCGUUCGCAGCACCGCUCAGGUUUCCACGACGAAGGGAUUCGCACGGUUCUGCAACAGUAUAUGUCCCUAUGUAACCGUUGCAUAUUAGUUUUGUCGGCACUUGCAGUUCGCACUUUCCCCGUAAAUUCAUUCCGGCCGCCAGCUACAGUGGGAGGUGCUGUCGAGGAAAGCCCAGUGAUUCGAGUGCUGGAAGCGGCGCACAGAUUCCAGUUCCUGCAAGCACUUCUGUGCAUGUGGCACUUUCCUGGUGGAUCGGCGAUGCGAGAGUAUGGGAUCGAGGAACUUGCCACUCUGACUGGCGUUAUGGAAAAAUUGACAGGGCAACACGCGCACAUGGGAGCAGCAGACCGUCACGUGACAACGUCUAAGGAGCAGGACCAAGUUGAAAGCGCGCUGCGAUCUGUUUUCAUCGAUGCCACAGGAACUCAGGCUGAUCCUGUGGCCUCUGUCACUAUAGGUAGAGAGCACUGUUGCAGCGUCUACAGCAUAGACAUAAUAUGUAAAUUAGAAGAAGGCUUCUCAGAUACACUAUGGGAGAACCGCCUGAUAGAUACUGCUGCGGAUACUGCAUCUUUCUGUCAUAACACACAGCUACAGUGCGAAGAAGUCUAGCAAUAAAAGAAGCAUUCCAUGUGCGUAUCGUCACUUCGCUGAAGGUCGGUGGUAUUGGAAUAACGGAUGACUCUACCAUCCUGGCGCCAGACUUGCAUUGCUGAUUUGCUGCACCUUCCACGUUUCCUUCUUUCUGAGGGAAACGGCGGAAUAUCUUCGCCUCAAGUUCGACUAGCGUCCUUUAUCGCUUCGCUCGGAACCGGAAUGAGACUGUCGAAGCGCGUGCCGGCUCCUGGUGCUUCCUUGAGAAUUUCCUGACAUCCGUGGUAAGUCAAUCUGGUCAUGUGUAGUUAUGUGACCCUCUGUGGCACCGUAUUACACGAGUUUGAAAGCUCAAGAAUGCCUUGCCAACGCUCUAUCCGUCGAUUUAACUUGCCACCACCUCCGCAGUUGUCGUAAUCCCGUAGCAAUUCUUAAUUGAAAUUGUUCAGUCGCAUCUCUUUCUUGGAGAGAUAUUCUCUCAACAUCAAACUCUCAAGCAAUGACCAUCAUGGAUAACAUCGCUGCGGCCCCCAAUUAUGGUGCAGCAUUGUCGUGCCGCAUGCUGCAGACCUCAAACCAGCACCGUCGCCGAACGUUGCUGGUUACUCAAGUACCCAGCAUUCACAAUCCGACAUUGGAUUCGCUUCUUAUCGGAUUCCUUCGUGUGUCCAGUAGUGUGACACUACGAAAAAUGCACAGACUCAAUAAUAUCGGGAACAAACAUGCAUACAGUAUCAAAGAGUGGUGCGGGGACGAAGCAUGGGAAAUGCGUGCUUUUGCUCUCUUCUUGUGGCAGUGCAAAACAACACUGAACCGGGUAUGGCCUUGCCCACCGAAUGCUACGCCUGUGGGCUACAUGUCCCGCAGAUUGUUAUUUCAUGGGAAUACACGCACCCGUCUCUGUGCUUGACUUAAUUAGGGCCGCAAAUUGAAAAGAUGAUUUUUCAGCAGUAUGGGCGGCAGUGAUGUAUUCCCUUUUGGCAUAACCUGCCUACAGGAUUGUACUUCACGCGCUGGUCACUAUUUCCAGUGCCAUUGGAUGCGGACAUAUUGCCCCGGAACUAUUCCAUGCUGCUAUGUAAUAUAAUGCUCCGUAUAUGCUGGAUGGAGUUUUCCAUCAGCCAAAAGAGUUGUACACUACCAUUCCGCUACU